ACCUCAACAUACAAAUAGAAAGUAACUAUUUUGGAGCACACACAAUGGAUGCUUUAUUCGACGAUAGAAUUUUUUUUGCGAAACCAGAUAAAGAAGGCUCUUGGAGCAUUUUUGGCUACAACAUGACAAGAUAUGUGAAUGAUACUACGGGUUUCCGUAAUCUUUUGAUCAACUCAUCAAUCCCUUCUAAUAAUGCCACUUUAAAUAUUCGGAAUACAUCAAAUCUUACUAUUACAUAUAAGACGCUGAUUAUGCAAUCAUCAUUUAACCUUUUAAUUUACAAAAUAAAUCCAGAUAACACAAAAAUUUUGCGCCAAAAGUAUUCAUCAUCCUAUUGUUCAAUUACGUUUAAUGAUAAUGGAUUUGUCAAAGAUCUAAAAUAUCAAGAACAAUUACCAGGAAUUGCGGAUAAUUUAUGGAUGGUAAAAACAGUACCUCAGGGAAAUAACAGUGACAAUAAAUAUGCAGUCACUGGAUAUUUACGUUUGUCUAAAAGUGUGACAAAUUAUUUUAUUUAUAAUUUGAACACCUCCGAACAACAACAGUAUAUCCAAAAUUUAAGCAAUGAGCUUAUUAAAACCAUUCCUACAAAGUCUUCAAGGUUGCAUUUUUCCGGACGCUUUGAAGUUGAUUCAAGUGGACAGAUAUUGUGCGAACUUUCAGUUUAUGCACAACAAGAUAAUUCUGUUACCCAAAUAAUAGACGAUAUAAACACAUUAAUUAAUAAUAAAUUUAUAACGAAUAUAGAUAAUUCACCUCUUGACAUUGAUGAAACCUACAAAUUUACACAAAGAUCAAAUUUAUUUGAGGAAAUUAAGUAUUUGUUGAUUGAGUUAGCAGCUUCUAUUCCAAUUUAUUUCAUUACUUUAUAUUUACAUAAAAGAACAAGAAAUCAGAAAAAAUGUUUAUAUUUUCGGAAAUUUUCACCCACUAAAAGAUGCCCUCAUGAACUAAAUUGUUUAUCCGAAUUUAAAUGUUACAAUAUGCAAAAAGAUGAAUUUAAUAACGUUUUCUCACAAAAUAAUUGGAAUAGUCUUUUUUACGACAAUUUUAAGCAUAGCUCGCUUGGUCGCAAACAUUUUAUUUGUAAUAUACAAUGUACGAAAUAUUCCAACGCUAAAUCUUUUUGCUCCGAG